GACCAAGGAUGGCGGUCCGGUGCCUUUUGGCCAGCUGCUGGCAGACAUGCUCGACGCCAAGGGCAACGUAGAGAAGUUGCAACAGUGCCAGGAGAAGUACAACCUUCCCGAGUCCAAGGCGAACACCCAUGCCACCGUUGACUGGAAGGCGCGACUAUAUCAGAUGAUGUGCUUCCUGGAGUGUUUCUCACCGGAUAUCCUCGUCUUCACAGAAGUGGACCACUACGAUGAUUUCGUGGUGUCCUUGCGCGAGCUUG